AGUGGCGCUCUCCUUCAGUCGCUGGGCAUGAGAGACAACUCGAUGAGAUGGAAACAGGGGAUUUUACCGCUCCUAGCACGGAGACGCCUGUUAAGGUUGAGGUAGCCCAAAACAAUCAUGUCAGUGGCAGAAGCAGUCCAGAACCCGAGUCUGUCAGCGACAGCGACUCGGCAGAAAGCGUCAGCGAAACCUACAGUAUUUUGAUGGAAGAACUACACAAAGAAAUAGAUGAAUGUGGUGUUUUGCACAAAGGGGAGCUCCAGGACUUUCUGUGUUCUAAACUGAAGCCUCUGUUAGACAAAUUUGCCAGUGGAAUGUCCAGGGUUCAGCGCUUGUCUGAGCAGCUUCAGCAAGCUCUGGAGCUCACAGGGACACCCUCUCUAGAGGACAAAGACUUUCUGGACAGGCAGGCCAAACUCUUUGUGCCCUCCCUCAAGGAUACACUCUCCAAGAUUGGACUGGAAAAAAACAUGGAUGACCUGCAGAGCUACCUGAUCUCGUCUGACCGCGCGUGCCUACUCUCAGACCUGGAGGCCCUGCGGAUGGAGCUGAGGGACGGCCAGCAGCGCCACCAGGUCACCACCCUGAGCCUGCAGCAGUCGCUGCGCGCCACCGAAGAGCACUACCAGGCCCUGGUGGGCUGCCUGCAGGAGGGGCUCCGCUCCACCGAGACCCAGGUGCGCUGCCUGCAACAGCUCCUCCAGGCGUCCGAGGAGAAGACCGAGGCGCUCCGCCACGGCCUGGACACCGUCCAGCAGGAGAACCUGGGCCUGCGGCGGGACCUGGGCCUCUCCGAGGACGGCCUGCGGGAGCUGAGGCAAGAGCUGGGCGGCUACGAGGGCCGCGUGCAGGCCCUGAGGCUGGACCUCGGCACCUCGGAGGAGAGCGCGCAGCUGCUGCGGAUGAACCUGGGCGCCUCCGAGGAGCUGUGCCGGGCACUGCAGCAGCAGCUGCUGGUGUCCGAGCAGAAGGGCCAGGCGCUGCAGGAGGCCGCCGCCUUCUGGGAGAGCCGGGCGCACGACGCCGAGGCCCAGGGGCAGCGGCGCCAGGAGGAGCAGCGGGCCGAGCACAAGCGGGAGGUGCGGGAGCUCACGCGCGCCCUGGGCAGCAGCAGGGAGAGGCUGGACAGCCAGCAGCAGGAGACGCAGAGGAGUCUGGACGAGGCGGCGCAGAGGGAGAGAGCCCUGCAGGACGCAGUGACCACAGAACAGGCGCAGCGCCAGAGGCAGGUGGAGAAGCUCCAGCAGGACGCCGACAGGGCCGAGGAGGAGAAGGUGGUGGCGGUGCAGACCCUGCGUGGACAGAUAAUUGGUCUGAAAAAUCAACUGCUGGAGGAACUCUGCAGGGCAAACAAAAAGUUGGAGGGACUAGCUAAUUCUGAGAAGGAGCUCCAAGACACUAUUAAGAAUCUAAGAACAGCCCUGAAACAGCAGAUGAAGGGCCGUGAUCUAGCCCUGGACUGCCUGAGGAGGCGGCAUCAUGACGUGGCUAAAACCCAACGCCUCCUGGAGGCCAACAUCCAGUACUGCAGCCAGGCCCCAGUGCGUCCAGAGGCAGGGGCCCCACACGAGGCCCCUCUGACGGCCCAGAGUGCUCUGCUCCAGCCCCAGGACAUGCGACAGGACCUGCAGGAGGUGAAGGCUCACCUGCAGUCGGCCUUGGACAAGGAGGAGGAGGAGGAGGAGGCGGAGACAUCAGGGCGGCGUGAGGCCGGGGAGGUGAAAGAGGAGUGGCAGGAGGUGCUGAGACGAGCGGAGGAGUGGCAGAGAGAGGCUGAGAGGCUGGUGAGACUCACGGAGGAGCUGGUGCCUCCUUCUCCCCAGGGUGCACUGCCCGUGAGCAGUCUUGAGUAUGUGAAGGUGGACAGCACACAGAAAGGAGACGAGAGAGAGGCUACUGACGGAGCAUGCGCUCAGUCCACUCUGCCCAAUAUGAGCCCUCUGCCCCGCCCACACUCUGCAGGCAUGGUCUUACAAAGUUCAUUUUCAGAAGAGUCUGCUGGAGUUUCUUCGAACGUCAUAGUCUACACAUUACGGGAUACAAUGCUGUCUAUUAAGUUUAUAAAUGCAUAAUUAAUAAUUCAUUAAAUUUUUUGCAAUUUGA